AUGGCCAAAGACAGAACCACUAAACGCACAGGUCCUCAAGUCGGGCGCCAGCCCAGUAUCGACAUCAAUAUCCUUGACGGCGAGUAUUCGGCGGAGAAAGAACGGUCGACGGAGAACAGGCAUGGCGUCCCGCGAGAGGUCCCAGGCAAAACGCCCGGCGGCGGUGACCGCCACCACUGCAAACGAUUUGCACACAAGAGUGAUCUGCAAUGCCUCAAGAAGGGUUGCGUCGUUCUCUGCGCCGAAUGCGGGCAGAUGAUAUCGAUGCUGAACGGGGGGAAUUGUCGGACUUGCAAAAGUGCCGCCACCGAAGCGGAGAGGAAGAGAAAGGAGGCCAAAGCGCGAGAGGAAAAGGAGAGGAAGCAAAUCGAAAAGUAUGGCAAGGUGCGAAAGUCCAAGGGUGUGGCCAAGUUUCUCCUUGCGCCCCGUCCUUCCGGCAUUCGCAAGCGGACCGGCCGCGUCGGCGCCCGCGCGCUUGGCCGCCCCUCCCGGCGAUCACAGACACCCCGCCUCCGAUCUUCGAGCCGGGAGCUCCGCGAAGAGGACUUUGUCAAUUUCUAUGGAAUGGAAAUGGACCUGGACGACGACAUGGACGACAUGGACGAUGAUGAUGGCUGGAAGGACAUCCGGGAGGAGGAGGAGGACGUCGAUCGCCCAGACGAUAUCGCCACCGACGAUGAUGAUCAGUAUCAGCGGCGCGUGGAGCAAGACGCUGCGCUGCAACACAGGAUUCGCGAGUCUCUCCACAAACUCCUGUCGUAG